AGCAGCAUUGUGUGACCGAAGCAGGGUCUGCCGGGUUCAUUUCGCCGCUUCUCCACCCGGCUGGUCUUUUUGGAUCUCACUGCAAUGGCGGAACAACAGCAGUUCUACCUCUUGCUGGGUAAUCUCAUGAGUUCUGACAACAAUGUCAGGAAACAAUCAGAGGAGACCUAUGACACUAUCCCAGGCCAGAGCAAGAUUACGUUCCUGCUGCAGGCCAUCAGAGAUGCAUCUGCUGCAGAGGAGGUCAAACAGAUGGCGGCAGUGCUGCUGCGGCGGCUGUUGUCAUCUUCCUUCGAGGAAAUCUACCCGGGGCUAACCGUGGAGAUGCAGACGGCCAUUAAGACAGAGCUGCUGACCAGCAUCCAGCACGAGACCUCGCCAAACAUCCGCAAGAAGGUCUGCGACAUCGCAGCUGAGCUGUCCCGCAACCUCAUCGAUGACGAUGGGAAUAACCAGUGGCCAGAGGUGCUCAAGUUUCUGUUUGACUCUGUGAACUCGGACAAUGUCAGCCUGCGAGAAGCUGCCCUGCACAUAUUCUGGAACUUUCCAGGAAUCUUUGGGAACCAGCAGCAGCACUAUAUGGAGGUUAUCAAGCGCAUGCUUGUCCAGUGCAUGCAGGACCAGGCAAACCCACAAAUUCGUACUCUGGCGGCUCGGGCUGCAGCAUCCUUUGUUCUGUCCAAUGAAAGCAACACAGCUUUGCUGAAGCACUUUGCUGACCUGCUGCCGGGCAUCCUGCAGGCUGUGAAUGAGUCAUGCUAUCAGGGAGAUGACUCUGUGCUCAAGUCUUUAGUGGAAAUUGCAGACACAGCACCCAAAUACCUGAGACCCAACCUGGAGGCCACGCUGCAGCUCUGUCUGAAGCUGUGCGCUGACACAAACCUGACAAACAUGCAGCGGCAGUUGGCAUUGGAAGUCAUCGUCACAUUAUCAGAGACUGCAGCGGCCAUGCUGAGGAAACACCAGGCUAUCGUAGCGCAGAGUGUGCCCCAGAUGUUGACCAUGAUGGUGGACUUGGAGGAUGAUGACGAGUGGGCCAUGGCUGACGAGCUGGAGGACGAUGACUUUGACAGUAAUGCUGUAGCUGGUGAGAGCGCUCUGGACAGAAUAGCCUGCGGUCUGGGAGGAAAGAUUAUUUUGCCCAUGAUAAAACAACACAUCAUGCAGAUGCUGCAGAACCCUGACUGGAAGUACCGCCAUGCUGGGCUGAUGGCUCUGUCAGCCAUCGGUGAGGGUUGCCAUCAGCAGAUGGAGGCCAUCCUCCAAGAGAUCGUCAGCUUUGUCCUCCUGUUCUGCUCUGAUCCUCAUCCAAGGGUACGUUAUGCUGCCUGCAAUGCCAUUGGUCAGAUGGCCACAGACUUCGCCCCAACCUUUCAGAAGAAAUUCCAUGAUAAGGUGAUCUCGGCCCUGCUUCAGACUAUGGAAGACCAGAGUAACCCUCGGGUGCAGGCGCAUGCUGCUGCCGCCCUCAUCAACUUCACAGAGGACUGUCCCAAAUCACUGCUCAUCCCUUAUCUGGACAGCUUGGUGCAGCAUCUUCACGUCAUCAUGGUUGCCAAGCUGCAGGAGCUGAUACAGAAAGGUACCAAACUAGUCCUGGAGCAGGUGGUGACAUCUAUUGCAUCUGUGGCUGACACAGCGGAGGAGAAGUUUGUGCCAUAUUACGACCUCUUCAUGCCCUCCCUCAAACACAUCGUAGAGAACGCUGUGCAGAAGGAGCUCCGGCUGCUUCGCGGCAAAACCAUUGAAUGCAUCAGUCUCAUCGGCCUGGCUGUCGGCAAGGAGAAGUUCAUGCCAGAUGCCUCUGCCGUCAUGCAGCUGCUCCUUAAAACCCAGACGGACUUCAAUGACUUGGAGGAUGACGAUCCUCAGAUCUCAUACAUGAUAUCAGCCUGGGCCAGGAUGUGCAAGAUUCUGGGGAAGGAGUUUCAACAGUAUCUCCCUGUGGUGAUGGGCCCACUUAUGAAGACUGCAUCCAUCAAGCCUGAGGUGGCACUCCUUGACACCCAGGACAUGGAGAACAUAUCUGAGGAUGAUGGUUGGGAGUUUGUUAACCUGGGAGACCAGCAGAGUUUUGGGAUCAAGACUGCCGGACUGGAGGAGAAAGCCACUGCCUGCCAGAUGUUGGUGUGUUAUGCCAAAGAACUGAAAGAAGGCUUUGUGGAGUACACUGAGCAGGUGGUGAAGCUGAUGGUUCCUCUGCUGAAGUUCUACUUUCACGAUGGUGUGCGAGUGGCAGCAGCUGAGUCCAUGCCCCUGCUGCUGGAGUGCGCCCGAGUUCGAGGACAAGAGUACCUCACCCAAAUGUGGCACUUCAUGUGCGACGCCCUCAUCAAGGCCAUUGGCACGGAGCCCGACUCAGACGUCCUGUCAGAAAUCAUGCAUUCUUUCGCCAAGUGCAUCGAGCUGAUGGGAGACGGCUGUUUGAACAACGAGCAUUUUGAAGAACUGGGUGGCAUCCUGAAAGGAAAGCUGGAGGAGCAUUUUAAGAACCAGGAGCUCAGACAGGCCAAAAGGCAGGAUGAAGACUAUGAUGAGCAGGUAGAAGAAACGCUACAGGAUGAGGAUGAGAACGACGUGUACAUCCUGACCAAAGUGUCGGACAUCCUGCACUCCGUGUUCAGCAGUUACAAAGAGAAGGUGCUGCCUUGGUUUGAACAGUUGCUGCAGCUCAUCGUCCAGCUUAUAUGUCCCAACAGGCCGUGGGCUGACAGACAGUGGGGUCUGUGCAUCUUUGACGACGUGGUGGAGCACUGCAGCCCCUCCUCCUUUAAAUAUGCAGAGUAUUUCCUUCGGCCGAUGUUGCAGUCACUGUGUGACUCAAGCCCCGAGGUUCGGCAGGCAGCCGCCUACGGCGUCGGAGUCAUGGCUCAGUUUGGCGGGGAGAACUAUCGCCCGUUCUGCACAGAGGCCCUCCCUAUGCUGGUUGGAGUCAUCCAGGCAGCAGAUUCCCGCUCAAAGGAGAACGUCAACGCCACGGAGAACUGCAUCUCUGCUGUCGGAAAGCUAAUGAGAUUUCGACCAGAGUGCGUCAACGUUAAUGAGGUUCUUCCUCACUGGCUCAGCUGGCUACCUCUCAACGAAGACAAAGAGGAAGCAGUCCACACAUUUGACUUUCUGUGCGACCUCAUCGAGAGCAACAACCCCAUCGUCCUCGGGCCAGACAACUCCAACCUUCCUAAAAUUUUCCUCAUCAUAGCCGACGGGGUUGCAAAUGAAUCUAUUAAAAGCGAAGAUGCAUGCAGCAAAAGACUCGCAAAUGUCAUCCGUCAAGUACAGGUGUCUGCAGGACUAUGGACACAGUGUGUAUCAACGCUGAAUGAGACGCAGCAGAAAGCCAUACAGGACCUACUGAAUACUGCCUGAGCCUAAAUCCCACCACCCCCCCCAGUCAUCUUCCCACUUUCUAAAAAGCCCAUGAAGAAAAGUUGAGCUCCUGGAUCUCCUCCGUACACUCCCUCUCCUUCCUCCUGCUCUGAUCUGUAGUGUAUGGAUGCUGGCUUUACCCCCAUCACCUCCCCAACGCGUUAUAAUAGAACUCCACCAACAUCCAGCCGACUUGGGGGAGGUUGGAUAUUAAUGACAAUGGAGGACAUUGGCCAUCUGCCUCAGACUUCACCCUUUCCACAGAAGUGGAAAUCAAAGUAAAAGCUUCUAGCAGCCAUCCCCCAUCUGAUCAGCAUUACAUGUCUAUCUGGACGUUUUGUUUCCAACCAUUCCUCAAUGUGUGACUUGUCUCGCUGUGCCCAGAAAGACUCAUUCACGAAGUCAUCCAAUUCAUUGGACUGUCAGGCUCAAAGGGGCCAUAGAGGGGGAAGUGAGGGAGCAGGACAUUCUUCUGGACUGAGCUGCUAAAAGAGGUGGAAAUGCACACUGGGCAAUCACUGCCUGUCUCCUGUGAAAUUUCUUUUUAUUUUAUUUUUUGUAUUUUUAUUUUCUUUUUUUCAUGUUCCCAGUGUUACCUGGGGGGAAAUGGCCUCACAGCUCAGAGGGUAUGUUCCAAACGUAACGGCAUGUUUGUCAAGUGACUAACAUAGAAAAUAUUACAUAGUUAGAAAUUUGCAUCAUCGUUGUCUGGGAGAGUCGACGUUGUUCCUAGCAGCUUUCCCUUCAUAGCCUUCCAGACAGCUGUUCACAGGAAAUACAAUGUCUGAGUGGUUCACAGCACCGUGUAGGUAGCAGCUUGUGGACGAGUUCUCUAAAGAACGGUGUAAUGGUCUGAUUGAUCACAGCCUCGACGCAUGUGAUGAGUUGAAGGAACGUUAUUGUAGAGCAUUUGUUAAAAAAAGAGUGCCGUUGUACGCUCAACUUGAUGGUUUCAACCCUUUUGAAGUCCUGCAGGUAUGAAAUGAAUUCCAGAAACUACCAACAAUAAAAUUUGACAAUUCUGA